CACAACAGGUUGGAUUACUAAUAUUGCUACAUGCCAAAACAAAACUGAGGUCGGCAUCACCACUUUGUUUCUUUUCUUGUUUUCUUUUAUGUACUAAUUAGAUUCCUUUAGUAGGGUUAUUCUAUUGUUUUUCAGUUUUCACUUUUCACACGUUUGUGAUUUCUAUUAAUACCCCAAACAAGUUCCUUAAACUUUCAUAAUCGGUUCUGCGUGGAAAGACAAUUCGUGGAUGAUGGAUAAUAUUCUUGGUCUUCUCAAACUUCGUAUCAAAAGAGGAAUCAAUCUUGCCAUUCGUGAUGCUAAUUCCAGUGAUCCUUAUGUUGUUGUCCACAUGGGUGAUCAGAAGCUGAAGACUCGAGUAGUGAAAAACAAUUGCAACCCUGAAUGGAACGAAGAGUUAACCCUUUCAAUAAGGGAUAUUAAAACUCCAAUACGUCUCACAGUUUUUGACAAAGACACAUUCUCCGUAGAUGACAAAAUGGGUGAUGCAGAUGUAGACUUGAAACCAUAUGCUCAAGCUAUACAAAUGAAGUUGGCUACUCUUCCAGAUGGUUGUGCAAUCAAGAGGGUUCAAGCAAAUAGGACUAAUUGUCUUGCUGAAGAGAGUAGUUGUAUUUGGAAAAGUGGAAAGAUAAUUCAAGAAAUGAUUCUAAGAUUGAGAAAUGUUGAGAGUGGGGAAUUGGUUGUUGAAAUUGAGUGGGUGGAUAUUCCUGGUAGCACAGGUCUAUUAGGGGGACAUAGUUAAGUUGUCCUCCUUUCAGUAACACUCAAGAAAGGCUUAUUGUAUUAGGUGAGUUUGAUACAUGAAUAAAACUAUGUCAUAAAUUCAUAAAGAAUUUAUAUCUUGUAUAAUGUAUCAAGAUUUUAUGUACACUAACUCGAGUUUUAUAUGACGAUAAAUGUUGUGUAAUAUAUAUUGCUACUAUUGUAAUUUC